AUGGAUACUCCGUUUUACGGAAGCUUCUGGAAUUUGCCUUCUCGCCCUCGUCAAGCGCCGAUUGUCAGAGAAAUACCGGUCCACUACGUCGGUUCGGAGCAGCGCGUGGAUAGAUCCGGUUCGGCCGUGAAGAUCCAGAAGGUGUUCAGAGGUUUCCUUGUGAGAAAAAGCGUGAAGAAGAUCGUGGAGAUAAGAAAGAAAGUUGAGGAGAUCGAGAAGCGGAUUUCAGAGAAAGACACUGUCGAUUGGAUUAAAAGCGACGCAAAGGAGCGAUUAAGAGUUAAUGAGAUUUUGAUGAAUUUGCUCUUUAAGUUGGAUUCGGUGAGAGGCGUUGAUUCGGGAGUUAGGGAUUGUAGAAAAGCGGUUAUUAAGAAAGCAAUAUCACUGCAAGAACUAGUUGACGCCAUAGUUUCUGGUAAUGCUGAUGUGGAAUUGGAUCACGCUGAACAGAUUAUUGAAGCUAUUGAUGAGACGGUGAUGGAGUGUGCAAAAGAUGGUGGAAAUCGUGAUGGUUCAGUGCAAGACGAUGCGGAACUUGUGGAUGAUGAAGAAAAUAAAAGAGUUGUCGACAAUCGAAGCGAUGACUUAGACCGAGAGGUGGUUGAAAAUUGUGAGGUGAAGACACCGGCGAGUGAUUAUUUGGAAGAGAGUGUAGGAACGAAUCAGACUGAGUCACAGUCCGAUUCCUCUGCAAAUCCUCAGAGUUUGAUCGAAGCGUGUGAAGAAGAUGUUAAUUCAUCAUUGAAGGAAGAAAACGAUGCCGUUGAAACACAAGAAGCAGAAGAUAGGGAAGUGAAUGGAAAAGAAAAUAGAACAGGAGAUGAGAAUACGAGGAACAGAGAGCUGUUGGAGAGGAUGAUAGAAGACAAUGAGAAGAUGAUGGAUAUGAUGGCGCAGUUAUUCGAGAGGAAUGAAAAGCAGACGAAGUUGUUAAACUCGUUAUCACAUAGGGUUGAGCAGCUGGAGAAGGCUUUUGUGUGUGAGAGGUUGAGGAGGAAGAAGAAGAGAAAUUCUGGGACGGUUGAUAGCUGCGAAACGUCACCGGAUAACAAGAAAUGCGGCAAAAGAUAG